AUGGCACCAUCACAUUUGAAGAACUCAAAACUAGGAUUAAACAAAGUUGGCUCCAAUCUAAUGGAAUCUGAGAUCAAGGAACUCAUGGAUGCAGCUGAUACAGACAGCAGUGGGACGAUAGAGUAUGGUGAAUUUCUUGCUGCAACAUUGCAUUUGAAUAAGAUGGAGAGAGAGGAAAAUUUGCUUACAGCCUUCUCUUAUUUUGACAAAGAUGGAAGUGGGUACAUCACCAUGGAUGAACUUCAGCAAGCUUGCAAAGAUCUUGGUCUAAGCGACACUACUCAGCUGGAUGAAAUGAUCAAGGAAAUCGAUCAAGACAAUGAUGGGCGCAUAGAUUAUGCAGAAUUUACCGCAAUGAUGAGGAAGUCGGAUGAUGGGAUGAGAAGUAGCAGAUCGAUGAAGAAAGGGAGUUUGAACUUUGAUUUGGCAGAAGCGCUUGGCAUUGAUAAUAAUACUAACCAAUCAAAAGAUUAA